UUUCUCUCUGAACGCACCCGACCACGCCGAGCACUCUUAGAUACUUGAACAGCGCGUAUAGGCGCCUUCACCAUUCGGCAAGAUGUCUGAGCCUAUUCCGGAGGCCAUCCCCACCUCCGCCGACCCUCGUUCGCACCGUCCGAUUAAACGCGCUCGGGGCGCCUAUACUUCCAACCCCAACGCCCGCGCCACCUCGCAGCAGGCCCAUGAAGUGGAAUCUCUCUUCCUAGACCCCUUACGACCAGUCCAACUGCCCCCCUCCUCGAACGGCGUCAAGAAACCGCUGCCCACACCCCCUGAAAUCGUCGCGAACGUCCAAGGCUCGAGCGCAGGUGCCGGCUCCGGUGAAUUUCACGUGUACAAGGCAAGUAGACGCAGGGAGUAUGAGAGAUUGCGCGCCAUGGACGAAGAGGCAAAGAAGGAGGAGGAGGAUGAGAAGUGGGAGCGAGAAGAACGGGAGAGAAGGGAGAGGGACGAAGAGAAGACCCGACGGAAUCGGGAGCGCAGGGGUCGGAGAAAGGGAAAAAAGGACAAAGAGAAACAGACGGAUGGCGCCGUGAAUGGAGCGAAGGAGGGUCUUGACCUUGGAGAGGCCCAAGGGGUCAAGAGGAAGGCGGGUGGUUUGCAGAUCCCACCAAAAGGGAGCCAAGAAGAAGAGCAAGGCUCGGACUUUGGGGUGGCAGAAGUGGUGAAAGAAUCGGGGAUCACGAUUCAUGAUGAUGAUUAGGAAACCACCGUCAUGCGUCUGAUAUAGGAAAUGAGACUAGACGGGACGAGCAAGGGGAGCACAAGCACAACACCUGCGGGGCCGUAGGCGCCGACAAAUGAGCCGAAUGCGAGAGAUGAGUCGAAACUUUUCCAAAUGCUGGUAUAUCAUACGACAGACUCAUUCCUUCCCGGCCGCUUCAGAUCCGGCGGUCUCAGGCUUCCUUCUCCCUCGCAACAAUCGCCCGAUCGAUUCCGCUCCACCACCGCACCACCCUCUGGACAGAUCCCGGCAUCACGCCCAGGAACGGUACACAAUUGGCGUAGAAGGGCAUGCGAAUCACUCCGCUGUCGCCUCUUUCCACCCGCCGCACAAUCUCCUUGGCUACGUCCUUGGCCUCUAACACCGGUCCGAAAAAGUGCGUGUAAAAGGGGACUUGCGUGAUAUCCGCGAACAGCUGUGUGGAUAACUGACCUGGUUCGACCAGGAUGGUUUUCACUUUGUGAAAGACAGAAGGAUCGGGACAGGUGCGGAGCUCGUGACACAAUGUGUUGUGGAGGGCCGAGACGGCAGCUUUCGAGGCGUUGUAGUCGGCCAAUUUAGCCGGGGCGAGGUGCGAGAGAAUCGAGGAAAUUGUUAUUAUAUGUGCCCCCUGGGAUGAGUUGAGUAGGAUCGGGAGGAUGGUGGAAAGGGUGGUGAAGUGGCCGAGGGCGUUGGUAGUGAAGGUUUUGGUGGCUUGUUUAGGAGACAAGGAUUUUGGGGUCUCCACGAAAGCGUCGUCGGCCAGAGGGAGGCCAUUGAUGGAUGUCGCUGCGUUGUUGAUCAGGAUGGUUGGCGGGCCGAGCUGAUUGACAUCUAUCGUGAGCCCAGGAACGAAAUAACAAAGACAGAAGAGAACAUAAGAGUCUGUCCCAAC